AGCAGAAAGGGGGGGAUUUUUCCACCCAUGAAACUCCUCUACCUGUACAAAAAUUGCCUAACGGAGAUGGGGAGAGGCAGAAAUAAGAGAGACCCAAGUGAAAUCAUAUUAUGCCAACGUUUUCAAAUGGCGUGGUGAAGAGAAUGGAUUGUGGAGCCAGACAGCCUGGCUUUGAUUCUAGGCACAGCUACUUACUGCUUUUGACCUUAGGCAAGUCAUUUCACCUCUCUGAUGAUCAGUUUAUUCAUUCAUAAAUAGUACAAAACCCCACCACCUAAAGUUGUGGUGAGAAUCAAAUGAGUUCUUGUACUUAAGUGCUCAAAGCAGUGCUUUAUAUGCAAUAACUCACUUGGUCCAGAGAAAACACUCAAUAAAUCUGGUUACAACGUUAUGAAUGUUGUCAGGUCUGGGUGGUUUGGCUCAUGAAGGGCCUGGAAUAUUACGUGAAAGAGUUGGGACUUAGCAUGGCAUGAGAUACUGCUGGAUUACUCUAGAUGCUUCCAGAAACAUUUGAGUUUAAGUAUGUGGGUUAAAAUUUCAGAGUAAACUGUAUAACUGAACUGCCGAUAUGGUAGCCUUUAGCCACAUGUGGCUAUUUUUACAUGUAAAUGAGUAAAAAUUAAAUAAAAUGAAAAUUCAGUUCCUUAAUCCCAUUAGUCACCUUUUAAGUGCUCAAGAUCCACAUGUGCUGGUGACUACUAAAGACCAUCUCUCCCCGCGCAAGCCUUCAAAGGCUUCCACCCACUGACAGUGAAAUUCAUCAUUGUCCUCAUGACCUACACAGCUCCACAUGCAUGAUCUACCCCUGUCUGCUUCUCCUACCUCAUCGUCUCUCUCACUCACUUGCUGGGCUCCAGCCAUGCUGGCCUCCUUUCUGAAUAGCACGGUGAUUAAAAGCCUGCACUCUCUAGCUACAUCAGCUCUGCCGCUUACUUGCUGUGUGACUCUGAGAGAGUUUCUUAACUUCUCUGUGCCUUGGAGGAGGAUGCUAAUAAUAAUAUGUUAUAGGGUUGUUGUAAAUGAGGAAUUAAGUGAGUGAAUACAUAUAAAGUUCCUAAAACAGGCUCUGGUGCUUGGUAAGUGCCAUAUAAGCACUAGCUAUUAAUAUUAAUAGUUAUUGUUCAAACAUACCAAAAAUUGUCAUGCCCCAGGGCCUUGGUUCUUGCUCUUGCCUCUGUCUAAAAUGUCUUUCACCCAGGCUUUAUAUGACUUUUACCCCCACUUCAUUCGGAUCUCUGUUCAAAUUUUCCCUCUACAGAGAGGCUUUACCUGACUACCCUAUUUAAAAUAGAAGUCCUCCAUCACUCUCAGUCCCCUCCCCCUGCUUCUUUACAUGAUACCUAUUGCCACCAGAAGUUAUAGCACAGAUUUAUUUGUUCAUCAUCUGCCUUUUUAUACUAUUGUCAGCCCUAAGAAUACAGCUUGGUGUGUUGUAGGUGCCAGAUAAAUAAGUUUUGAAUGAAUGGUUGAAUGGGUGGGUGGGUGGGUGGAUACAUAAGGGAUGGAAUACACAUAUGGCUGGAUGAAUGGAUAUAUUUGUGAAUAGAUGGAUUAAUAAAUGAAUGGAUGUUUGGGUGAAUUAAGGGGUAUGUGAAUGGAUAAGUGAAUGGAUGAAUAUGUGGUGGAUAGAGUAGAUGGAUAAAUGGAAGAGUGUAUGAUGAAGGGAUGGGUUGAUUGAUCAAUAAAUAGAUGUGUGAAUGGAUGAAAGAAGGAGUGGAUGAGUGGAUAGAUGGUUCAAUAAAUGGAUAGAUAGGUGAAUGGAUAGAGUAGUUGAAGAAGGGGUGGGUGGAUGAAGGAAGGAGUGGAUAGAUGCAUGGGUAGAUGGAUGGCUGGGUGAAUGGAGGAAGUAGAUGAAUGGGUGGAGGGAUGGAGGGAGAGAUGUUUGAAGGAAGAAGUGGAUGGAUGGUGGAUAAUGAGUGGUUGGAUCAAUGGAUGAUGCAUGAAUAAAUGGAUGGAUGGGCGGAGGGAUGGAUGGAUGAGCUGGAUGCAACUGUCAAAUGGAGGAGUGGUUGAAUGGAUGGAGGCUCUAGCAAGGAACCAUUCUGAACUCAGCCCCUGUCACUUUUGUUUUCCAGGCCGCCCACCACCCCUCCUGCCCCUGUGUGCCUCUGUGUCUUUGCUGGGUGGCUUGACCUUUGGUUAUGAACUAGCAGUCAUCUCGGGUGCCCUGCUGCCACUGCAGCUUGAAUUUGGGCUAAGCUGCUUGGAGCAGGAGUUCCUGGUGGGCAGCCUGCUCCUGGGGGCUCUCCUCGCCUCUCUGGUAGGGGGCUUCCUCAUUGAUCGCUAUGGCAGGAAACAAGCCAUCCUGGGGAGCAACUUGGUGCUGUUGGCAGGCAGCCUGAGCCUGGGUCUGGCUGGCUCCCUGGCCUGGCUGGUCCUGGGCCGCUCAGCUGCUGGCUUUGCCAUCUCCCUCUCCUCCAUGGCCUGCUGUAUCUACAUGUCAGAGCUGGCGGGGCCACGGCAGCGGGGGGUGAUGGUGUCCCUCUAUGAGGCAGGCAUCACUGUAGGCAUCCUGCUCUCCUAUGCACUCAACUACGCGCUGGCCACGGUCCCCCGGGGAUGGAGGCAUAUGUUCGGCUGGGCUGCUGCACCCGCUCUCCUGCAGUCCCUCAGCCUCCUCAUUCUCCCUGCGGGUACAGACGAUGCUGCAGCCCACAGGGAUCUCAUCCCCCUCCAGGGAGGUGAGGCGACCGAGCUGGGCCUGGGGAGGCCAAGAUACUCCUUUUUGGACCUCUUCAGGGAGCGGGAUAACAUGCGAGGCCGGACCACCGUGGGGCUGGGGCUGGUGCUUUUCCAGCAGCUAACAGGGCAGCCCAAUGUGCUGUCCUAUGCCUCCACCAUCUUCCACUCAGUUGGCUUCCAUGGGGGAUCCUCAGCUGUGCUGGCCUCAGUGGGGCUUGGCGCGGUGAAGGUGGCAGCUACCCUGACUGCCAUGGGGCUAGUGGACCGAGCAGGCCGCAGGGCCCUAUUACUAGCUGGCUGUGCCCUUAUGGCCCUGUCCGUCAGUGGCAUAGGCCUGGUCAGCUUCGCUGUGCCCAUGGACUCGGGCCCCAGUUGCCUGGCCAUGCCCAAUGCCACCAGGCCAUUCAACCUCCCUGGAGAGUCUGACCUGCCAACGGGCUUCUCUGCACAUCCACUGGCAAGAACCAGCAAGAACCAAGAGGAGCCAAUCUUGCCAACUCCUGAGAAAACCAAGCGUCAUUCCAGAGCUGGGGGUCCCACAGCCCCUCCUGUGCCAGUCCUAAGCACCGCCUCCCCAGCACCCCCUUCUCCUGCCCCAGAGCAUGCCCUGCUGCACUGGACCGCGCUGGUCUGCAUGAUGGUGUUUGUGAGCGCCUUCUCCUUUGGAUUUGGGCCAGUGACCUGGCUGGUCCUCAGCGAGAUCUAUCCAGAAGAGAUCCGAGGGAGGGCCUUCGCCUUCUGCAGCAGCUUCAACUGGGCCGCCAACCUCUUCAUCAGCCUCUCCUUCCUCGACCUCAUCGGCACCAUCGGCUUGUCCUGGACCUUCCUGCUCUACGGGCUGGCCGCCGUCCUCGGCCUGGGCUUCAUCUAUUUAUUUGUCCCCGAAACGAAAGGCCAGUCGUUGGCAGAGAUAGACCAGCAAUUCCAGAGGAGACGGUUCCCCCCGAGCUUUGGCCACAGGCAGAGCACGUCUGGCGUCCGGUACAGCCGCAUCAAGGUCUCUGCGGCCUCCUGAGGAGCCCCUCUGCUUGGAAAAUGCUGGGCCCAUGGUUUUUGCCGACGAGUUCCAGCUUCCUGCUUGCCUGGGCUCCAGAGCACAAGUUCUAGGUGGUCCUUUGAGACUGACCCCUGCUCCAGAGGAGGUCUUUUGUGCUGGGGUGAAAAGGAUGAGAGUCUGAGAACCCGAAAGUCUUCAUGUUCAGUCUCAGGCUCUGAGGGUUUCUGAGGAGCUGCCUUCUUGCCUCAGUUUCCCCACUGGCUCUGCACAUCUCUACAGUACUUACAAUGAGAACUUCUUAUGGAGUUUCCACGGUGCCCUGGGCUUUCUCAAAGAAUCUCUGGCAGGAAGCCUCUUCUGGUAUCACCCCUCAAUCCAACUGAGGAUACCAUAGUCUCUGCUCUUUUGUUUCAUCUGGUUGGGACUUUUCAGCGAGGGGGAGGCCUGCUCUUUCGACUCUUAGAUAUCAGUUUUGUUCACCCCCCUAAUUCUCUCCUCUGGAAUAUGUACCAUUCACCAGCAACCCACACUGGUCAGCAAAAGGCUUGAGUUCUAGUCCUGAGUCUGCUGGUGUCAUUGCUGUAUGACCACAGGCCUCAGUUUCCCCCCUUUGUACAGUCAGGGACCUGGACCAAGUGGUUCUUAAGAUCUCUUCUGACACCAAUGAAUGGGAAUUCUAAGUGCUGAUAAUACAACAGAUAUCCAACGUGGGCCCUGCUCUCAAGUCGCUAGUCAUCUCUCUGGAGGAUGUAAGUUUCAUUGGGGGAAAGGUCAACAGAAGUCCAGAAUUAAGUGCCCUAAUCCAGUGUGGAAUGAGCUGCCGGGCUGUCUCCAGGACGGUGCUGGCUGCCCUUUCAUGCAGAAAGGAGAUGGCUUUGGAGGCUUAUAGACCUGGUUGUCAGUGUUGCCUCUACCUCUCAGCAGCUGUUGACUUUGGGUGAAUAACAACUCCCUCAACCUCAGUUUCCGCUUCUGCAGGUGUGUGUGGGGGGGUGACUAUGCCUCCGGGGUGUAUUUAACUCCAUCUGGGAGAUCUUCGGCUGGUCCCAUUCAGCUAAUCAGGGAGUCGGAGGUGUCUGUUCACCUCACUACCCAUGCCCGCCCCUUUGGGACAUUGUGAAGCGUUGUCCCCCAAUGGGUGAGUCACAUAGAGAUUGAACAAGUAGCUCAUCCAGUGGUCCCUGAAGGAAGGGACUGGCCAGAGUUCCCGGAUGCUGAGAAUGAAGAGCUAAAGGAGGUCCAGGGUGCUGGCGUCAGGCAAGAUUUUGUCAUCGUGUCGCUCACCUGGGGAUGCUGGCGCAGUCCCCACGGACUGGUCCCUCAACUUUUCUUCUCUCCUUUCUACAUACAGAUGCUCCUCGACUUGUGAUGGGGUUACAGCCCAAUAAACCCAUGGUAAAGCCAAAAAUGCA